CGUCAAGAAGCUUCAUUUACUACUCAACCCAGGUCUCGUCCUCGUCCUCGUCCUCUUCCUCUUCCUCCUCACCUUCACCUCUCCCUCCAGCCUCGAUCCUUCGCCCUCUCUCCGGCCUUAUAUUCCCUUUUUCCAAAGCUCGCGCAGGCUUCGCUGAGUCGUUGUGUCUUUUGUCUUUGAUCUUGGCCCAUUGCCCCCAAGCACCGCCCUGCAUUGCCCGCCUGACCGCAUCUCCUCCGAAAAUCCAAGAGAACAAGAGGCCGGUUGACCGACCUCAAAGCGCCAAUUGCGACCACGCUUGUUCCACCCUGCAUUUCGUGGUAGUUUUCGAGCCCAUUUGCAGACUACUGUUUGCCCGCUACACCCUUCGAACAAGUCACACUUGGGCCCAGCGAAGCGCCUCGGGUUGUCAGCUCACAAGUCCAAGUCGACCAACCUAAUACUCGACCUUCUCGCCCAUCAGCCUCUUGUGUCUCUCUCACUCUUCACUCAACCACCUCACCACCUUCGGUUUUUUUUUUAUUUCUCUCCCCUAAGAUCUGAGCUGGUUCUCGAUAAUAUAACAACAUAUUACUAUCGUAUAACUCUCUGCCGGAUCUCGAGAGAAUACCGCCUCCCGCCUGUUAUAUCUGUUCCCGUCUCACGUCAGCAUCGGCCAACUGCCAGUCAAGCCUCCCGACUUACAAACGAGCAUCUGCACUGCAGCACCCAGGCGUGCUCCGAUCAACUGCCACCUGCGCCUUGGGGAAUCCCUGUCCCACGCUACCCAAAGACUGGGCUGAGGUUAUCGCCUCCCCGAUAAAGAACAGGCCCUUUCCCUCCCCACCAUGUCACCAUCAAACUUCGAGCCUGUGUCUCCCAUCGACCUCACCGUCGAUUCGCAAACCCGCUCCCACCACACUCAACGCUUCGCCAACGACCCAGACCUAGACGAGAAAUCCGACAUCAAAGCAACCACUCGCUCGAUCCGGACAAAUUCAACGGCCUCUUCACGCUCUUCCAUCACCGCCGGCGGCAACAAGCGCCCGAGGCGGGCUCGCUUUGCCGAGGCGACCUCUGUCUUCUCGCCCGCCUCAGGUCCUGGUGAGAAUCAGUCACCCUUCGCCGAUCCUCCUGCCACCGGCAAGAUGGAGGACGGCUUCGGCAGCGUGCAAAGCGCCAAACCAUCAGAUGUGGGAUUCGGCUACAUCGCAGACAACCAGCCCGUCGAGCAGACCGUAUAUAUUCGAUCCGAUCCCAAUGGUGCCGCGGGACAACCUCUGAAAUCCGCCAUGAAGACACCGGGCACCGCAUCCAGAAUGUUGAACCCCCUCUCUCCAACGUUCCGAGAAGAACAAAUGCUCGAGAAGGAGGAAAUGAAGACCGAGAUCCAACAGGCCAAAGAUCUGAAAGUCAAAACCCGCGUACGCAUGGCCAAAAUGGUCCUCCGAGGUGUCAACUUCUCCUGUUCCCUCAUCGUGCUCGCCAUGCUCUCGACUGUCUUGACGAUUUUCCACGCCACCAAAUCCAUACCAGCGCGAAACAACCUGCCUCCGUGGGCGGCGGGUCAAAAGCUCUGGCCGCAAAUCGUCGUGCUAUCCAUUGCUUGCGUUUCGCUCCUCUUCUCCAUCGUGGUGAUUUUGGCCUACUGCCGUGGUGGACACAAGCGCGCCGAGAAGGUCGCCGUGUAUUACACCAUGUUUGCGGUGGGGUGGUUCAUGUUCAGCAUUGUCAUGUGGCUGGUCGGCGCGGGCAUCCUGCAUGGCAGCAAAGCCUCGGGCAACGGCCAGGAUCUCUGGGGCUGGUCCUGCAAGGACAACAAACGACGCCAACUCUUCGAAGACGAUAUCCACUACGCCCUCGUGUGUCGUCUGCAGGAUUGGUCCUUGAUCUGCUGCAUCAUCGAAGUCGUUGUCGAAGUGAUCGUGAUCGCCAUCUACGGCAUUGUCUUCUACCGAUUCUGGAGCAAGAACCGACUCAGGAAAUCCAUGGACGCGCGCGACCGCGCCCGAACCGACCUGUACCUCGCGCAAUUGAGGACUCAGUCUGCGCCCAACACACCGGGCUUCGCUCAGACGCCCAGAACUCCCGGAUUCCCGUCUGCACUUAAGUCACCGCACGACAUGUACUCGGCGGCAGAACGAGGCACCUCACCGGUACAAUUCGCCUCGCCACACAGCAACACCACUCCAUCAACAUUCAAACUCCAAGCCCCACCCAUCCGAGUAACGAAAGCAACUCCCGUCUCCACCGCGACGGAGGGCAUCAGCUCACCGAGAGUAUUCUCAUCGUCAUCACCGCCUCCUCAGCCGCCCAUGUCUCCUCCACCGGAAGAGCGGGUACACCAACACAUGGGCGCGGCGCCGGGAGAACAACAGUACGAUGCCGUCCCGAUCCCUGGGGCGAACUACGUACCACCCAGUCACAACCAAGGACAGCCGGGACAGGCAUAUUAGAGGGGAAAAAAAACCAAGAUGCCCUGUCUCGGGAGAAAGAGGAGAAGAGACUCGUGUUAAUCGGAUGAUAUUGUACAGGACUAAUACAGUGGGGCUGCCUCUCCGGAGCAGGGAGUACGGGAUGUAUACCUCGUAUGUUGGGAUGAAAUAUCUAUCAUGAGCGCUAUAUUUAACAAUUUUUUUUUUGUUACCAAAGCUAUAUUCCCAGCCUCGAGAAGACGGGAAUCAGAAAGGGGGGAAAGCCAGGUGCCAGGACAAACCCAACCCAAGACUUUGUCAAGUCGAAAGCCAUUUUCUUUUCUAUUUCUCUCGAAUUAAACAAAGACACCUUUUCAUCAUCCAGCACGCCCUUUCUUUUCUAUGCUCGCUCGUGGAAUAGGGGGGCGUAUAUGUUACUGUGCCCAAGUCGCCAGAUUCA